AGCGAAAAGGCUUAACAAAAGGUAAAAACAGGGGGUCCCACAACACGUGGCCUGUGUCAUUUGUCUUUUGUCUCUCUUCUCUCUGCUCUCAUCUUCUCUCUUCUCUCUGCUCUCAUCUUCUCUCGUCUUCGUCUAUCCCUCCAUAUAUAUAAAGAAGAAGAGGAAGAAGAGCAUAUAUAUGCAACAAAACAAACCUAAAGAAAAAAAAUUAAAUCGGUAUAAUAAAGAAGAAGAAGCAAAAAAGAGUGGAAAUGGGACUACAAGGUCAGCUCUCCGACGUAUCCUCCGAUUCGAUCCCUCUGAUGCUGGUCGCUCUCCUCGCCACUUUCUUCAGGCACGUCCGCUCUCUUCUCCUCCUCCCUUCCGCCCCCGUUGUUACCUCUGGACUCUCAAACAUCAGCGCCCUCGCUGACCAGCUCAACCUUAACCGCCUCUUCUCCUACCGCUACGCCGAUAACGCAUCCUCCGACUGUAUCGUGUGCCUGUCCACACUCAAGACCGGAGAAGAAGUGAGGAAGCUCUAUUGCAGACACGUCUUCCAUAAGCAGUGUUUGGAAGGCUGGCUCCAACAUCUCAACUUCAAUUGCCCGCUCUGCAGAUCUCCGCUGCUGCUACCUCGUCCAUGUCGUGGAAGUGAUGAUGCGGCGAUCUCACCCUUCCAUCUUGGCUCAACCACCACUACUCCAUCAUCAUCUCAUAUGUGAACCAGUAGUUCAAAGAAAUUAAGGAAGAAGAUGGAGAGAGCCCCCGAGGAUGUUUUUUUUAUCUCGCCGCCCUUUCUCCUCUUUAUUCGUCACUUAAGAAGAUUCCUCAAAAUCUCCCCUGCUCUCUUUUUUUUUUUUUUUCGAGGAAUCUCCUCAGAUCGGAGAGGUCCUUUCUUCUUCAGAUUUCAUGUAAAUUUUUAGUAUUAAAUUUAGUCUUAUUGUUUUUAGAUGAAUCGAAUCUUUUUUAUUAAUUUCUUUAUUUUUUUUU